CUCCACGGUGCAGGCGCUGCAAGCAGCGAUGCAGCUCGCUGUUUUUGGGCGGCAGCCACUUUGAGGUGGCGGCAAGAGGAGUUUUUGACAGGCGCAAAGGAAAUGGCCAGACCCUUGCUACUCCAGUGUUCGGAGCAGGAUCUGAGUAACAUUGCUUGGGCAUCCGCCUCCUUGGGUUUCAACCCUUCUGGAUGGAUCUCAGAAGUGGUGGGCUCCUACGCCAGACAAUACUCGGAAGCCUGUUCACCGCAAGCUGUUGCCAACUUGCUUUGGAGUUUGGCCAAAGCUUUUGAAGGUGGCUUCGGAGAUCAGGCUCAUGAUGUUGCAAUGCAGUUCGACGCAGCAAUACUUUCUUGCUUGCCUUCCGCGCAGCCACAACACGUUGCUAAUAUCCUUUGGUCACUCGCAAAGCUCGGUGUUCCAUUGGACGCGGAAGGCAAGCUGGUUGAGAGCUUGAGCACUCGCAUGAGUGAGCUGCUUGAGGACGCUGAGAUCCAACACUUGGCGUCGGGCACUUGGGCCUUGGCAAAGCUCCAUGGCACCAAGCAGGCCACGGGCCGCACCUUGGAGUUCCUGCGGAGCUUGGUAGAUUUUUUGCGGAAAGCACGGGUCAACAAGCGGUCCGAUAGCCCGUGGAGAGUUCGCUUUGACGGACUUUUCCUGUCUCACAUCUCCAUACUUUGCUGGUCCUUUGCAAGGGUUAUGGUCAAAGAACGCGUGACCCGACAGCUAUUGAGAAGUGCCAGUAGGCAGCUGGAUACUUUCACGGAUGAAGGUGCCAUUAAAGCACAAGAACAUGCCAACUUGUUAUGGGCUUACGCAGAGGCCUGCGAAAAAACGUGGGCAGGAAUGCAAAAGCCCUAUGCAAUGCUCAAGAGGCUAGUGAACCUCCUCUGCGAUCCGAAGCUGCGAUUGCAGGGAGAGAAUGCCACAUCCUUUGCAGCGGCAGUGAAAGCUUUGGCGCGGCUCCCCAUUGGAGCUUCUCCACAGGCCCGCCAAUGGAUGCAAGCCGCAUCCGUUCGGCAAAGCAAACGCGCUGGCCACGCGGAGUUACCACCAGGGGAGGUCGUUGCCAUGGUUCGAUCUUUGGCUUCAUGUCGCUCACUGCAUCAACGCAUGAUGACGAGCUCCUUGCAAUUUCUACAAGAGGAUUCGCGCUACCAAGAGUUGCAGCCAGCGCAGUUGCAGAUGUUGCUGGAUGCAUUGGCUUUGUUGAGACCAAGGAAGUUAGCCCCGGAGCACCUGAGGUUCCUGCAAGUCGUGCAAGGGCGUUUGAACGACUUUCCUUUGCCGCUGUUGACCUCAACUCUUUCACGCCUUCAGCUUCUUGAAGGGACAGAAGAUGUGCUGAUCGCCGCCAGCAAGCGCUUCGAAGAUGCAGAGCUUCACUUGCCAAAGCAGUGGUGGAAGGGUGGACAGAAAGAACACGGAGAAGAGGGUACAGAACUUUCCUUGUGGCAAUGGGUGCGACUUGUGAAUUCUGUGGAGCCAACGCCAUGCUCAGCAGGUUCAGCACCUCGGACUACGGAGAAGCUGGCCAAGCCAUUUGCGGCCUGGUUGAGCGGUUUCUUGGAGGAUUUCAACUUGGAGACUGAGCUGCUGUUUGCAGUUCUUGAAGAGCGAGAGGACAUCAAGACCAGCAGGGAGCUUCUUCAGGAAAGUGCAGUCGCACGAUACCGAGCGCGACUUUCGGCCUUGGACAGCCUUGGGCCCCGUUUCACUCCUUUUGCUGCACAGCUUGGUCUGAAUUUUGAAGCCAAUCCUCCAUCGGAUCUUCAGGCAAAGGUGUGGCAGCAGCGCCGGGAGGAAGCUGCUGCAUUGGAGGGGAGACUGAGGUUUUUACCACAUGAUCUACCUGAUGCUGGUGGCGAGCAGAUGGCCGUUCUGCAGCACUUUGCCGUGGCCAACAACGGUGGCGCGGAGCCACGUGGCCAUGGUGCGGUGUCGGGAGAGGAGUCGGAGGAGGAGUCGGAAGGCGAAGAUAGCAGCGAGCAAGUCCUGCUGAAACGAGGUAUGCUGCUGGCAGCAAGUGAUGCUACAAGCAAGCACGCAGAUUUCAAGGUCCUCGCAAGGCUGAUGCAAGACCUUUUGGAAAGAGACAAAGAUGGGGAUGUCUCUGGCGACGUCAUGAUUUGCACCGACAAGGCCCCAUGUCUUUCCAGCUUGGGAGCUAUGAAGCAGUUCUGCCAUCAGUGGCCGAAGAUAUCUCUUCAUGUCAGCUACACUGGCUUAGAGAAAUCAUGGUCAAAGGAGAUAUCAUCGCUGUUGCCCGUUGCAGAUCCCCAAGGAACAGUUCCACCGGAUGGCGCAACACCAGCUGCCUUGGAGGAAGCGGUGCGGCGCGCACUGUCAGGACGCCGUGCGGGGCAAACGGUGGCCCUGUUGGGCACCGACCCAAGGGUGCGGGAACUCUGGAAGUCAGUUUGCGCUACUGGUGUCCGCCCUUCUGGAAAGAAUGUACCUGGAAAGAAGCGAGAGUGGCAAGACAAACUGAAGUACUUCUUGGCUCAUCGGCCCCACGCAUUUCGUUUGGAUGAUGGAGAGAAGCUGACCGUGCGGCUGGUGGAGAACAGAGACGAGGAGUCGGUGGCAGCCUUUGAAGACCUCCGCGCAGCAGUGGAGGAGACCAUCCUGGAGUUCCUGCGCAGAGGGCAGACCAGCCGCGACCACAAAGGUGGUGGGGGCUACGUGCUAGUUGAGGACGUGGCUUGCACCCCUCGCGUGUACAGCCUAUGGCAAAAGCUACGGUUCGACUCCUCGGACCGGCUGGCCUUCUACUUGCGACACAAUGAGGCCUUCGAGGUUUGGACGCCAGGACGCGCUGCCAGCGCAGAUGAGGCUUUCGGCUUGAGAAGUGCUGUGCGAAUCGAUUUGCGGGAAGUCUU